AAUUGAUGAAAUGUAACCUCCAUGGUAGCACUACAUAGAUACUACAUGUAGGUAUACAUUCAUUCGUGUACCUACAUAAACCUUCCUGCCAUUGACCCCGCCAUCCACACAAGGUUCAAUCUCACCACACCCAUGCUUCGCUACCCCACCUUAGUUAGGUACUUUAGUAAUAGACCACUGCAUCGUCUUAACCUUUUCCAAUAAUAUUUCGAAAACCCUCAAAAUGUUGUUUCUUCAACUAAGAAUAAUAUUAAUAAAACUUCCAAUUCUCAUUUCUAUAGCAGCACUACUACCACCAUGACGGACCUCAACCUCCAAGAAAUUCAUGACACCCUAGUAAAGGUAGCCCACGAGGCCGGGCGCAUGAUUCUGGCUGCGAACCCAACCGACAUCGCUACGGGAACGAAGUUGAAUUCCGCCGACAUCGUAACCGAAACCGACAAAGCCGUCGAAGCCCUCGUCUCCUCUCGCCUCUCCUCCGCCUACCCCACCUUCGCCUUCGUCGGCGAAGAGACCUACCAGCCGGGCAUGCGGAUCACCCCUUCCCCCACCUUCAUCGUCGACCCCAUCGACGGCACCACCAACUUCGUGCACGGCUUCCCCGAAGCCUGCAUCUCGCUCGGCCUCGCCGUCGACCGCCGCCCCGCCAUCGGCGUCAUCUACAACCCGUACCAGGACCUGCUGUACACCGCGAUCCGCGGGCGCGGCGCCUUCGCCACGCAGGGCGCCUUCUCCUGGGGCCUCGACGGCGGCAAGGGGCGGCGGCGACAACUGCCGCUGUCCAGGAACCCGGCGCCGCUGGGGGCGCUGGAUACCUGUCUCGUGGCGACGGAGUGGGGGAAUAGUCGGGACGGGGACAACUACGCGGUCAAGACGGAGGUGUUCAAGCGGCUGUGCGCGAGCAAGGAGACGGGCGGCGCCAUGGUCCACUCGAUCCGCAGCAUGGGCAGCGCCGCGCUGAACCUGUGCGCUGUGGCCGCCGGCACGCUGGACCUGUACUGGGAGGGCGGGUGCUGGGCGUGGGACGUGUGUGCCGGGUGGGCUAUCCUCGCUGAGGCUGGUGGGAUUGUCGUGGAUGGCAACCCGGGCAACUGGAACCCGGAGAUCGACGGGCGCAAGUACCUUGCCGUGCGCGGCGCGCCGAGCGGGCAGAAGGAGGUGGUGCAGGAGUUUUGGGGGGUUGUGGGGGAUGGGAGGAUGGUGUAUGAAAGUUAGACGUUAGACGUUAAACGGUAGGUAGGUAAAGUGAAGGUAAAGGUGAAGAAGGUACGGUAAAGUAAAACACCUAACCGGAGGCAUGCAAAAAAUCUACUUCUUUACUUAUUUUCAUUCCCAUACAUAAUAGGUAGGUUAGCUAUGAAGAAAACUACGAUUUAUUUUAUGGAAAGAGGCAUAUCUAGGUAUGGAGAUACCUACGAGUAUUUAGUAAGUUAUG